AUGGAGCCAAAACCUGAAGACAUUGGAAUCAAAAUCUACACCACUGAACCCGUUGAACACACAACCAAAGACCCAUCUUCAGAAUCCACUGACCCUCUUCAACAUGGCCGAAAAAGAAGAGCAGUGGCCAAAGGGGUCCAAAAAACAAUCUCAAAAACAUCAAUGCUUGUGAACUUUCUUCCAACUGGGACUCUUCUCACAUUUGAGAUGGUUCUUCCUUCUGUGUCUGGCAAUGGUUUAUGCUCCAAUGUUAGCACAAUCAUGAUUCAUGUCCUUUUAGUCAUAUGCGCACUCUCUUGCUUUUUCUUUCACUUCACUGACAGUUUCAAAGGCCCUGAUGGGAAAACUUACUAUGGCUUUGUGACAACUAAAGGUUUGGCAUUGUUUAAGUCAGGACUUGGUGUUGAGGUUCCUAAGGAUGAUAGGUACAAAGUUGCGUUCACUGAUUUCGUCCAUGCAAUCAUGUCUGUGAUGGUUUUCGUUGCUAUUGCUUUCUCGGAUCAUCGUGUCACGGAUUGUCUUUUCCCUGGUCAUGUCAAGGACAUGGAUGAAGUCAUGGAGAGUUUCCCUUUGAUGAUUGGGAUUAUUUGUAGUGGACUGUUCUUGGUGUUUCCAAAUACUCGAUACGGCAUUGGAUGCAUGUCUGCUUGA